AUGGCAGCGGAGGGAGAUCUGGGGGAUUUGUUGGCCAAGGUGCUCCCCACCGGUGCCCAGAUCACCGUCCGUCAUGUUUCAUCCACUCCCGCCCCUUCGGCAGCCUUGUUUGCAGCUGCACCGGGCCAGACUACAGAGGCAACUUUCUGUGAAAAUCAUUUCCUGUCGGUCUCAAUUGAUGCACCGAAGGAGUAUGGAGAGCAUGGAGGUGCGGAGCUCAUUGUCUUUGGCAUGGAGGUGCUGGUCUAUACCACGGCCCACCUAACGACCAUCUUCGUCUCUAAGGCCGACUCAACGGGCUUACUGCACUUGCUUAAGCUACCCCAUAAGGUAUCAGUACUGCGACUGGUCACAAACACAUUUCUAUCAUAUCUGGCACGCACACAUCAGCGACCGGGGGUCCGAUUAGUGAUAUCUUUGUUCGCACGCGCCCAAAACCAGUACCUCUUCCCGGGUAGCAUCGAGAACGCCGAAAAGCAUGUCCUCGAUGAUCGCGGCCUUAUCAAGUGGUGGUGCCGAUCAGUCGAUCCAAUUCUCCGUGAGCAUGAGCCUGAGUCCGUCUCCCAGGACUCCAAGCAACAGAGUGAAAUGGGUGAAGCAGCCAAGGCAUCUGCGACAGCCUAUUUGAUUGUCCCGGGGUGUGAUCGCUUUGAAACCCGUACUUUCUUCCCAACUACUGCCAAAUCGGACCCUCAGGACCGUCCACGAUGGUUGAGUAGCUAUCCCCUCAAGCAAAUGGUUCAUAACCCCUCGGCUCCACCGCGGUGCUUGAUUCCCCGGCUUCCAGACGACCCGAAAACGCGCUUCCUGAUCGAUCUGGACGAUGAGCUACCCGAGCCAGCGGAGGGUGAGGGUGACGCCCCUCAAAAUACUGGCAUGUGGCGAAGCGUUCGGUCUUUGGACCAGUUCUGGGAGAUGAUGUCUUUCCGGCAAGAGUGUUCGGCCGGCCGUUUAGUUGGAUUCCUGUGGCUUGUUAUCAAUCCUCCUGGCCUGAUGAACUCGACAACUAUGGCCAGUCGCUCACGCAGUACCUUAUCGGCACCGACUAUUUCUACCGUUACGAAUACUUCCAAGUCCUCCUUUGAUGAUGUAUCGGUCCAGGAAGCCCCUGAGCAGUCAAAGACGGACAAUGCAUCGCCAAGUGAACCCACAGAACCGACACCUUCGGAAGAUUUACUCGAAGUCCCAGAAGGAUUGCCGUCCUCCUUCGACCGGCCUUCGACGUCACAAUUCACCGACACAAAUCCAUUCUACUGGCCCGAAGCCGGACGUGGACAAGUCAUCUUAAGCGAUACCGACUACAAAAUUAUGAUGGAUGGCGUUUUAGAUCAUCUCUACAGCGAGAAAGAAAUUGUCACCAGCACCAAGGAAUACAUCGACCAGGUGGCAUAUCUUGCCGACCAGCUUACAUGGGGCAAGCAGGUUGUGGGCACCCACUCUCCUGAACAGACCAAUGCUGAGACGGCAACGACAAACAAUAUUCUCGAUACCGGCCUCAUCCGCAAGCGAAAGAAGUCGGGAAGUCAAAGCACCAACAUGGAGGAUAGUGCAUUGCAGCCAAGUGGGCCAGAUGAAAUCUUCGCUGCUCCAUCGCAGCCAGCUCCUGUGAAUGUGCUCAACGCAGGCUUAGUACGAAAGAAGAAGAAGACGUGA